CCAGAAUAAGCCGCCAUCGCAUUCACCUACAGGUAUACAUAGGCAAGCUUACAGGCCGUCCUCCCGUUCCAGUGUAGAUCAUCAGCCUCACCCCCCAGCAAGCCAUCCACCAUGCUUUCCUUCCUGCGCGCUCAACCCCCUCCCCGAGUCAACCGGGCCUCCCAAAAUCCCAUCGUGUAUGAAAAUGGCCGCUCCUCCGUCUCCUUCUACGCCUCGCACGAGGCCUACGUCUUCCGCACGACCCUGCCACCACGCGGCAGCGACAUCUCCAUCAUGGAGCCACCCUUCCACUAUCACAUCCACCAAACCGAGACCUUCCGCGUCGUAAUGGGCAGCAUGAACCUGUACAAAGGCGUGGACCCGAAACCCUGGAAACAGCUGACUACCACUACCACCACCGGCGAGGACGCUGGAAACCACCAACUCACCGCGACGAUUCCGCCCAAGACGUACCACCGCCUGCAGAACGCCUCCGCCACCGAGGAACUCGUCUUCGACGUCAGGCUUUCCCCCGUGGACUACGAGGUCGAGGAGCGCUUCUUUCGCAAUUUCUUCGGGUACCUGGACGACUGCAAGAUCGCCCAGCAGGCGCCGAGCCUGUUCCAGCUGAUGGUGUUCUUGCAUGCGGCGGAUAUCCCGCUCGCGUUGCCGUUGCCGUGGCAUGGGCUGGGAGUGAUCGUGAGUCGGGUGUUCACGAUUGUGGUGGCGGCGUGGGGCAGGUGGAUGCUUGGGUAUCAGGUUUCGUAUCCUGAGUAUUAUCAGGGGAAGAAGGGUUUAUAAGAAGAGGCCGUGCUUUGUGAAGAGGGGUUGGGCUGUGUCCGAUGCAAUGUGUAAUUGAUGAUACUUGUUAUUUGCGGGCGGCCUAG